UGUAAACGUAGUUCAGUAGUAGUAGCACCAGCAGCAGCAGGAGUUGCAGUAACAGCUAGCGAACAGCACACAUUGGAUGUUGCUGAAAAUGAAUUUGUAACUUCAUGAUAGAAAUGGAACGUUGACUAAAAAUGUAAAAAUGUGGCUGUUUAUUUGACUUAACUAAAAAGUCUAAUAUGUUUUUUAGCGGAACCAAAGAAAACGGGCUAGUCGGGGCAUCGGAUUCAUGUUAUGACAGGACCAAGAAAUCCACGUGUGUGUGUUUCGGUUGCUUGUAUCCCGUUAGUUUGCUAACUAGCUAACUACUUCUAGUUCUGAGAAAGACGAUAAAAAAAUACAUGCCAUUUACAAGAGAGAAAGAUCUUGCGUGCUGUUAGCAAGUUAUGCGUUUCUUCGUGCGUCUAAAAUUACCGCACAUAUUAUGAUCUUAGCUAGCUAGCUAACCAACUGUUGGCUAACUUACGUUUAUAUCAUUCAUUCCACCCGGUAAGCUGGUAGACUAUCAGGCAUCUGAUGGUAGUAGCUAACGUUUUAAAAUAGUUAAAUAAUUGCGAAUCGUCAUUUGAGACCUUUUUAAAAUAGCCAUUUUUAAUUCUGGAAGACAUGAUUGCUGUGCAGACAGGACUAUACAUUGGAGCUGCCUCUGACCUGGCAGAUGGUAAUGCGUUGGCAAAAGCAGGCAUCACACACAUACUUACAGUUGACUCCGAAGAACCGAAAUUACAAGGAUCAUUUCAGACAAAGUUUGUAUAUUCUCUGGAUGACAUGUCAGCCGAUCUACUAAGCUCUUUGGACAGUUGUGUGCGGUUUAUCUCUGAAGCUAUGGAAUCACCUUCAUCUGCAGUCCUUGUGCAUUGUCAUGCAGGACGAAGUCGGAGUGCUGCGGUGGUUACAGCGUUUUUGAUGAGAUCAAACAGACUGACCAUGACCGAUGCCUAUACUAAGCUCCAGAAAAUAAAAUCUAAUGUCAAGAUCAAUGAAGAGUUUUUGAACCAGUUGGUGCUGUAUGGAUCAAUGGACUGUGAAGUGGACACGUCCAGUCCUGUGUACAAGCAAUACAGACUCCAGAAAAUCACAGAUAAGUACCCAGAGCUACAGAGUGUGCCAAGGGAUGUGUUUGCUGCUGACCCAAUGACGGCACAAGCCCACAGCAACGAGGUUGUCCACAGAUGCAGGAAGUGUCGACGGACAUUAUUCCGUGGCUCCAGUAUUCUUGGCCAUGAUGUGGGCAGUGGACCAGCAUCUUUUAUUCACAAGAAAUAUGUUGGCUCAGCAGCCUGUGCGCCUGGCCAUACGGUUCAAACACAGUGCACGUCUUACUUCAUUGAGCCCGUGCAGUGGAUGGAGCCUGCGCUUUUGGGUGUGCUGGAUGGACAGCUCCUGUGCCCAAAGUGCAGCUCCAAGCUAGGCUCAUUCAACUGGUAUGGAGAGCAGUGUUCAUGCGGUCGAUGGAUUACACCCGCUUUUCAGAUUCACAAGAACCGUGUGGAUGAAAUCAAACACAUAAAUGUACCAUCACUUAAAUAACAGUACAGGUGACUGAAGCAGAGAUUCCCUAGUUCAAUUGUCAAGUCUGUCAUCAGUUUAGCACGGGAUUGUCUUGUGACGAUGUUUGAUCUGGAAAAAAGACUAACGUGCAGCAUUGAAAUGGCUCAGUCAUAGUCGAUGCACUUAUUUUUUCUUUGUUUUCUUUGUAAUUUGCACAAUCCCUAUAUAUAAAUAAAUGUAUAUAUUUACAGAAA